AAAGUCAGGCAAACACAAUCACGCAAGCACCACUGGGAGCUCAGAACUUCUGGCUGGCUCUCUGCUGCCACAGCUCCACGAAGGCGUGGAAGGAAAAGCAGGGAGCCUUGCCGUCUAACCCGAGCUGAGAGGAGAGGCAGGUGUGUGCAGGUGCGGCACCUGGACCAUGAGGCCGUCCCUCUGCUGGCUCCUCCCACUUCUCCUCCUCCUGGCCUCUGUGGCCCAAGGCCAGCCAACAAGACGACCAAGGCCCAGGCCCAGGCCCAGGCCCAGACCCCGGCCCACACCCAGCUUUCCUCUGCCCCAUGAGCCGUUGGAGCCUACAGACCUGCCUCCUCCCCUCCCACCGGGCCCUCCAUCAGUCUUUCCUGACUGUCCCCGGGAGUGCUAUUGCCCUGCUGAUUUCCCAUCUGCCCUCUACUGUGAUAGCCGCAACCUUCGAAAGGUCCCUGUCAUUCCGUCUCGAAUCCAUUACCUCUAUCUCCAGAACAACUUUAUAACUGAGCUCCCAGUAGAGGCCUUCAAGAACGCCUCAGGCCUCAGGUGGGUCAACCUGGACAACAACCGAAUUCGCAAGAUAGACCAGAAGGUGCUGGAGAAACUACCCAGCCUGGUGUUCCUCUACAUGGAGAAGAACCAGCUCGAAGAGGUGCCCUCGGCGCUGCCGCGGAACCUGGAACAGCUGAGGCUGAGCCAGAACAGGAUCUCCAGGAUCCCACCGGGCGUCUUCAGCAAGCUGGAGAACUUGCUGCUCUUGGAUCUCCAACACAACAAGCUGAGUGAUGGGGUCUUCAAGCCUGACACCUUCCAGGGCCUCAAGAACCUCAUGCAGCUCAACCUGGCCCACAACAUCCUGAGAAAGAUGCCACCCAAGGUCCCCACAGCCAUUCACCAGCUCUACCUGGACAGCAACAACAUCGAGACAAUCCCUAAUGGAUACUUCAAGGGCUUCCCCAACCUUGCCUUCAUUCGCCUUAACUACAACAAGCUGUCAGACAAGGGACUCCCCAAGAACUCCUUUAACAUCUCCAACCUGCUGGUGCUCCACCUGUCCCACAACAGGAUCAGCAACGUGCCGGCCAUCAGCAACAGACUGGAGCACCUUUACCUCAACAACAACAGCAUUGAAAAAAUCAACGGGACCCAGAUCUGCCCCAACAACCUAGUCGCUUUCCACGACUUCUCCUCGGACCUGGAGAACGUGCCACACCUCCGCUACCUGCGGCUGGACGGGAACUACCUGAAGCCGCCCAUCCCGCUGGACCUCAUGAUGUGCUUCCGCCUGCUGCAGUCCGUGGUCAUCUAGGCCUGUCUGCCCCUGGAGCGCCUCGGACUGCACUGGAAUGCUGGUGGCCCAGGCGUCUGUGCCCACCAUUCGUUUUCUCCCUCUCCCGUUCUUGCUCCCAGCUAACCCUUGCUUUACCCCACCUUCCUGAGGCAGAAACAAGCCACAUACUCUGCUGCACCUGCAGUUUCUAGAGCCAGACUUCCAAGGCCUUGACUUGGUCCACUCAGCUUAAAGACACCCACUGCACAACCAAACUUCUGGCCCCAGAAGCACACAUGCGUGUCUAAAGAUGUCAUAUCCCAUUUUCUCUCCUCCUUCCCCCACCACACCUGGGUAGGUCUGGGCCAUGGACUGACAUCUGGAUCUUGGUCCUGGCUGAAGCAAGCAGAGAUGGUCAAGGGCAGCCAGAGGUGAGGUUUGGAGACGCCUGCUGGAGGGUCCGCCAUCAUGGGCAGCUCUGGCCCUAAAAGGCCGAGAAACCCAGGGCCCCUUGGCCAAGGAUCCCACCUUUGAAAACUGCUGCUUGAUGGCUCUCUGCCAGCCCGUGUUCUCCAGAGAGGAAGUACCAGGGAACGGCCGCGGGAGGGUGGAGGGUCGGGGUUCCUGCAAGGGCCUGCAUUUGGCCACCUCUUCACAGGGAUGAGCUGGGGCCCUCCUUCUCCAGGGCGAACACAGCACCCGCCCUCCAGGCUGGGCCUCUCUAUCCCAAGAGAGAGGGCAGGGAAGGGCAGUCAAGGAGAGGAAGGCUCGAGGAGCCAGGAGUCGACCUGUGGGAGAGGAGCGGGAGUCAGAGCCCAGGAGGCCCACAUGGGUACAGACGGGUCCUGCAGCCCCCUUGGCCACUCAGGACAAGAGUCCUGAUGCCCUGGGGAACAGUGUCUGCAGUGGAAGGUACAGAGCCACCAGCCCCGCCCCACCAUCUGCUUCUCUGUCAGUGUGGAUGGCCCAAUCCUUUCCACCCCCCAGGAGUGCUUCCUGAGAAACUGCUGGAGAAGGGGCGGAGCCCCUGGAAAUCUCCCAGAAGCCUCUUCCAUGUGUGCAAAUUGUCCUCCCCUCUCCGACAGACACAUCAGCGACACCUGGUGGCUGGUGCAGGUCACAGCUGGCUCCUGUCGUCACCUCUCUGGUGUGGCCUGGGCUCCAACUUGAAGAGCCGUGGGUGACAUGCGUGGUCUCUCUCCUCUGGAGUCUAAAGGGCACAGAGCACAGAGGCCCUGAGGCGGGGGCUGACUCCCACCCUGAGUGAGCACCAGGGGGAACCUUCGGGAACCCAGGUGACAGUGCAGUUUGUUCCCAUUUGCUGUGACCUUGCCAGUCCCUCCUGCUCUCGCUCCCACAUCUGUGCACUGAGGAAGGGGUAAAAGGCCCCUCCGAGGCCCCUCCAGCGCUCACGUCCCAGUCCAAGGCCCCACCCUUUAGACUAUGCUCUAAUGCAGGACAAGUCCUAAAUAUUACCCCUUCCCUUGCAGGAAUUUAUUCCCUGUACAGACUACCCUCCCAACUCCCGCCCCAGCCCAGGUGAGCCACUUGGCAGGCCUCCAGGUGGAGCCUGGGCCCCACAGGGCUGACUCAUCUUCCCCACCCCCUCAACUGUCUCCAGGGGAUGCUGCCCCCCCUCAGCCCCUGAGUGUCUACGUUGGUGAGGCUGAGGGAGGAUGUUCUAGAAAUGAGUAGGACACAGUGCCCACCCUCAAGUUAGGUUGAGAAAAGCUCCAGAGAUUUUUAAGAAAUUGGAUUAAGCUAGGUCUCUAAGUUCAAGAAAUUCCCACUAUAGUCUUUCUCACCUUUCUCCUUUGCUAAUUUAUAGAAAACGGACCGAUUUCACCACAGCCCCCCUCCCUGUGCUCCCAUACAACUGCCUCAUUCUUCCCAGCCGUAGCUGGUUUCUCCAAGGCUCCUGCUUAAAGUCAAUAUAUUAUCGUGGCUGUAGGCAACCCGGUGCUCUGGCCUGGAUAAGCCCCCUACUGCGCCUUAUUCACACCUUGCAACCUCAGCCCCCUGAUGAGGCCCUGAGCGGAGCACAGCUCCUGUGGUUCCCGGGGGAGGGGUCAUUCCCCUGCAAACCUGAACUGUUUUGUUUCAGGAGCAACACAGUCACCCCCAUCUUGUGGCCCCGUCUAAAAUGCGUCCGCUCCCUGCACUGCUCCUGCGGCUACAAGCUGGAGAGGCGUCAAGUUAAAUUGGCUUUACAGAAACAUCCCCCACAAUGUGCUGAUUUCCCUCAGGUUUACGGAAGCCCCCUCCUCCGUACACAACUUCAUGCUCUCAGUGCUGUUUUGUGUACUCUGUACAUAGAUCUAUUCUUUCUUGAAGACCAUGUUAACUUUGUGAAACAUCUUUCACAUUCCAACAGGCUUCACAGCAGAGGAAAUAAAGUAAUAUGAAAAAUA